GGCCGGCAUCUAAGCGUAAUCCACACACAUCUCCACAGCUGUCUCACCAAAGCAGUCACAACAGCACAAUCUCCCGGUGCGAAAGUGUCAGCAGCUUAUCCAGCGAUUUCAGAAUGACUCCCAUUUCUGUCGGCUCCAGUCGAGGGCCCUCUCCUCUCACACUCGGAAUCUCAGACGCCGUUCCCAUCGCUAUUGCACUCCAAGAGUCAGUCAGCGCCUGCUUUAAGGGCACCGACGAAACCAAAUGUCAGGUCCAAGUGAUCGGCAGUUUGAAAAUGGCGUUCCCGGCGGGCAUUGUUCAGGCCUUCGCUAACAAUCCAUACGCCUCUCCACUCACUUUCAAACUCAAUAAGUCCUCAAAAUUGGAGAAUAUUUAUCCCAACAAAGAAUUGUUAAUUGAAAGUUCAGAGUCUUUAAGACCCAUAACAAGUGAUUCUUCGAGUUUUGAAGUGAAUAUGUCUGCACUCAUGUCACACAUCCGUCGUCUCUACGAACAGUCACCCAAUUCUCGUUAUUAUAAUAUCGAUGUUUUGAAAUACCAAAUGCGUUGUCUUCAGGGGGCGAAGAGUACACCUUUACAGCUGGUCUCGUACUGGAAGUGUGAGCCACAGACCACUAGUUUGAAAGUGGAUUACAAAUACAACAGCUCUUCUUUGGCUCAAAUUGAAUCCCUAAGAAAUGUCUGUAUUUUUGUCAAUAUUGAUGGCGAACCGCAUUCUAUGCAAUCACGACCUGAAGGCAAAUGGAAUCCGGCGACAAAGCAGGCGAUGUGGCGCUUCGACCGCCUUUCCAAUACCUCUCAGACGGGAGGUCUGGCGGGUCUCGGCUCUGUUAAAGCCAAAUUCGACUUGUCUUCGGGUCCGUCCACUCCCAGCGUAAUUCAGGCACAAUUCACGUGUUUGGACACAACUGUGUCGGGCAUUGAGUUCGAGUUAACUGCAGUGGGAUAUCGCGUAUCUCUAAAUAAACGAAACUCGUUGACCCAUUCGGUACUGUAA